GCCCCUUUUUGCAAAUAUUUCUCUCAAACCCUAAUUUAUCUUUCUCUCUCCUCGACGGCUCAUUUCUUCCCUCUUUCUAUUUAUCUCUUCUCAAUCCCCCGAUUUCUACACUCAAUUACCAUCCAUCUCCCUCCAAUUAUUUAGAUUGAUUCUAUUUCUACAAUCAUCAAUAAUUUAAGGGUUUAAUCAGAUCUACUUCUUUGUUCGGUGAAUUCUUAGGGUUCCGAUCUAAAACCCUAGUUUUCGAAAUUCGACACCAAUCGAAAGUUAGGGUUUUUCAGGGGAUUAAUUUAUUAGGGUUUUUGGAGCUGGAAGAAGACCGUACAUGUAUGGCUUCUGGGACUUUAGGAGCUGAUGAGCUUCCCAAAGAGAAAUAUAAAUGGAGUGAAAACAGUAAAGUUUAUACUCGUAAGAAUUUCAGAAAGAAAAACAAUGUUUUGAAGAAUCCUGAUUCUUCAACCACCACAACUGUUACCGCCAACACCAAUUCUCCUGCUGCUGUCGUUGCCUCGAAAGCCCCUGAAAAUGAAAACAAUAAUGAAAAGAGCAUUUCUUUGAAGGAAAACAAUGUUCCAAACAAUCAUGUUGUUGUCAAUGGUGUCACUACCCCUGCCAGUAACAAAAGUAGCAGUUACAACAGUGUUGACAACCAUGAGAAUGACAAGAAUACUAAUGAUGUUCAGCAAAACCUUCCGUCUUCAUCUUCUUCUCCGAAAGGGGCUGUUGAACAAGCCAAUUCAUCACAGCCACAGCAGAAUUUGUCUCAUGUAGAUACUAUUUCUGGGGAUUCCUUUAGUCUUAAUCGCGCUGAAGCACCUCAUCCUGAUGGACAUGAUGGGAAUUUGGGUAAUGGGUCUGUGUUUAGAUCCUUGGCUAUUCAGGUAGGUGAUAGGUUGAAUAUUAGUGUUUCAGCAGCUAGGUCAAUUGAGGAGAUUAGAGACUUGAAAAGGAAAUUAGAGGAUGAGCUUGAUGAAGUUAGGAAAAUGGCAAAAAGGCUUGAAGCUAAGGAGGUUGAGAUUAAUCAGUAUUCUAGUGAUAUUGGGGUUGAAAGCAAUGUUCCUGUAGGUGGAACCGAGAUAAGGGGUAGCGGUAUGCGGAUGGAUUCUGAUACAGGUUCAGUUCCUUAUAAUGACCCUAGGCCGUUUAGGCAACUUACUGUCUCUGUCAUGGAUAACAAUCAUCACCAUGGAUAUGUUGGUGAAAUUGUUGAGAAGGAGAAGAGGACUCCCAAGGCCAAUUCUUUGUAUCGAAAUUCGGAGUUUCUUCUGGGUAAGGAUAAGCUCCCACCGGAGAGUAUUAGGAAGACGAAGUCUAGUGGAGGCAAGAGGCAUAGUGGGUCAGAAUUUGAUUAUGGGUUUAAAAUUGAUAAGAAAAGUUUUAGCAAAUGUAGUAGUUUGCUUCAGAAGAUAAUGAAACACAAGCAUGGGUGGGUGUUCAAUCAACCUGUGGAUGUAAAGGGGCUUGGUUUACAUGAUUAUUUCGAUAUUAUAAAGCAUCCAAUGGAUUUGGGCACAGUGAAGACUAGGUUGGCAAAGAAUUGGUACAAAACUCCUAGGGAAUUUGCAGAGGAUGUGAGACUUACUUUCCAUAAUGCCAUGACCUAUAAUCCUGCAGGGCAAGAUGUUCAUAUCAUGGCUACAGAGUUGCUUGAUAUGUUUGAAGAGAGGUGGCCUGCUAUUGAAUCAGAAUAUGAUCAAAAAUUGAGGAGCCAAAUGAUGGGUGAUUUGGGGGUGCCAACUCCGACAUCUAGGAUGACUUAUUCCCAUGCUCGUGGUUCGGUUCCUAUGACCUUUGCUCCGCCUCCACAUAUACAAACCCCUCGAACUUUCCAUGAUAUGAGAAAUUUGGAGAGGUCACAAUCCAUGCCUGUUCGUCCACAAUCAACGCCGAAGUCUACAUAUUCGGUGGGGAGAAAGCCUGCUUUACAAAAGCCAAAAGCUAAGGAUCUCAAUAAAAGGGAUAUGACUUUUGAGGAGAAGCAAAAGCUUGGCACUAAUCUUCAGAAUUUACCUUCUGAAAAGCUUGAUUCUAUAGUUCAGAUCAUUAGAAGGAGGAAUUCAGCUUUGUCACAACGUGAUGAUGAGAUUGAAGUGGAUAUAGACAGUGUUGAUACUGAGACACUUUGGGAGCUUGAUAGAUUUGUAACAAAUUACAAGAAGAGCUUGAGCAAGUAUAAGAGGAGAGCUGAACUUGCUCAAGCUAGAGCAGAAGCUGCACGGGCUGCUCAAGAAUCAAUUCCAGCUCCUGCAAAUAUUCAAAUGCCUAGAGAAACCACAGCAGAUGAAGGGAACGUUGCCGGUUCUCCUCGUGCUCAACCGGAAAGGCAUAGUGAUAAUGCUAGUGGUUCAAGUAGCUCGAGCGGUUCUAGUAGUGACUCAGGAUCCUCUUCUAGUGAUUCAGAUAGUGAUAGCUCUUCUGCUUCUGAUUCAGAUGGAGGCCAUUAACAUAGAAUCUAAUUGUCUAAGUAUUAGGCUGUUAGAUGCAAUAGUACGUGCUGAUGGAUGCAGAACUGCAAAGCUUAUGCAUUCUGCUUGAUGUUGCUGCUCAGUUUGUGGCUUUUGGCUCGCCAUCAUCAUAAGUAGACACCUUUUUUACAUCAAUGGUCGUAAUACAUAGGUUUUGUAUCAUAAUCUUUGCGUUGGUGAUUUCGAGUCUCGAGAUGCUGGUGUAGCGAUUGUACAUUUUUGCUUAAAUGCUACUCACAUUUCUGCGUUAAGUAUUUUUAUGUUAGGCAAAGAUGACAUACUUGAUUAUUACUGUCUACCGGCGUACAUAUAGGGAGGUAAGUAAUUCCUGUAGGAUUGUAGGUGGAUUAGACAUGAAUUUGUUUCCAAAUUAGCGUUUAGCGAUGUACUGUAAUUUAUUUAUUUGUACCGAGGAUAGAUGGAAUUCUUUCGGUGUCUAGUUUGUUUGCAUCGUAUUUGUUUUGAGUUCGAGUGCUCGAUCAUCACCCAAUAUUUUGGUCUUUUUUUGUUGUGCUUUCGGCCUCUUGGUCACAUACAGAAAUUGUAAGGAAACCUUAGAAGUCUCAACACCAAACAGCAUAAAUUGUACGUGCUUUCGGCCUCUCCUUCAAUUGCAUGUGAAGGCUGUCGGCUAUAUUCUGAAAUACUUGCAAGUGGUGAUAUUGUGUGGGAAAA